AUGCUGCAGCAAGAACAGCAGCUGCUGCAGCAGCAGCAGCAGCAGCUGCAGCAGCAGCAAGAAGACCUCAAACGCAGACAGCAGGACCUUACGAGGCAUCUAGAGCAGACUGCUGCCAGAGAGGUGCGUGCUGCUUCUCCCUUUGCUGCUGCUGCUGCUGCUGCUGCUGCUGCUGCUGCUGCUGCUGAAGGAGGCGGAGGCGGCGAAGAGAGAGUGCAGCGUGGAGCGUCAGCAGCUGCAGCAGCUGCGUUGCAGAAGGAGGCGGAGGCGGCGAAGAGAGAGUGCAGCGUGGAGCGUCAGCAGCUGCAGCAGCAGCGGGAGGAGCUGCAGCAGCAGCAGCAGGAUAUUGAGGAUCAGCAGCAGCAGCUGCAGCAGCUGCAGCAGGAGUUUGAAAAGCAGCAGCAGCAGCAGCAGCAGCAACUUGAGGAGAGGCGAGAAGCACUUGAAAAGGAGUAUAUAGAGCGGCAGCAGCAGCUGCUGGAGGAGCAGCAGCAGCAGCAACUGCAGCAGCAGCAGCAGCUAUAUAUAGAGUUGCAGCAGGAAAGACAAAACUUGCAGCAGCAGCUAGACACUCAGCUGCUGCGGCUUCAAGAGCAGCAGCAAACAGCAGCAAAAGAGAGACAGGAGCUGCAGCAGCAGCGGGUGCAGCUGUCUGCUCAGCAGGCGCAGCAGCAGCAGCAGCAGCAAGAACUGCAUGCAGCAGCAGCACGACUGCAGCAGGAAGAGCAGCAGCUAGAAGCAGCAAAACGUUCUCUUGCUGCAGCGAGAAGAAGAAAUGAAUAG